AUGUCUAAGCGAGGACGCGGUGGUGCUUCCGGAAACAAGUUUCGAAUGACCUUGGGUCUCCCGGUCGGCGCGGUUAUGAACUGUGCUGAUAACUCUGGAGCCAAAAAUUUAUAUGUGAUCUCUGUUAAAGGUAUCCAUGGUCGAUUAAACAGAUUGCCGGCAGCUGGUGUCGGUGAUAUGGUUAUGGCCACUGUCAAAAAGGGCAAACCGGAUCUAAGAAAAAAAGUGAUGCCUGCCGUUGUAAUCCGACAAAGGAAACCUUGGCGUAGAAGGGACGGUGUCUUCCUUUAUUUCGAAGAUAAUGCAGGUGUCAUAGUGAAUCCUAAAGGAGAGAUGAAAGGCUCUGCUAUUACGGGUCCUGUCGGAAAAGAGUGUGCUGACCUUUGGCCCCGUAUAGCAUCGUCAUCCGGAACCGUGGAGACUUCAAGUGCAAGCUUAUUGUCCGGGGCUGCUCCAUUUGCGAUUUCAGGAUCUCUGGAACCGGAUGUUGAGGCCGGUCGCGAAUCAAACGUCAGAGGCAAUAUCGAAAGUAAUACCGUGCCAGCUUCAGCAGUUCAAUCAAAUAACAAUCAAAAUCAAAGCAUCUGGGAUCAAUCUAGUCACCCAGUAGCCUUAUUCUUUCAUCUUUUAUUUCGCACAGCGGCCGUGAUCGUCUACUUAUUUGGUUCCCUCAUUACUAGCAAUUUUCCCUUAAUUUUCAUUAUAUGUGUCUUAUUAUUAUCCUUUGACUUUUGGACGGUCAAAAAUGUGUCUGGAAGAUUACUAGUUGGAUUAAGAUGGUGGAAUGAUAUUCAACCGGAUGGAUCUAAUGUCUGGAUGUUUGAAAGUCGAGAUCCCUCGAGACCAGUAAAUGCUACUGAUUCCCGCAUUUUUUGGUCCUCGUUAUAUAUUACCGUGGUAAUAUGGAUAUUGUUUGCCUUCCUUUCUUUAUUCGAACCGAAAUGGCUUUUAAUCGUAGGCGUUGCCAUAACUUUGAAUUUGGCAAAUGUAAUUGGUUACACUCAGUGCGAUAAAGAUGCUAAGAAGAAAUGGGCUACUGGACUUGCCGCAAGAGCUGCCACAGCAAAUUCGGGUAUAGCUGGAAGGUUAUUCUCAGCGGGCCUAGGAAAGAUUUUCGGAUAG